CAGCGCUGCAGGGAAAUGUUUGAAGGCUUCUGUCCCAUCCCCAGAAAAACAAGUAUAGAAGGUCAUUCGCUGUCAGGUCACUCACUGUCCUGGGAUUGUGGGAUUGUGACACAGAGCAAAGGUGUAAGUAGAGCAAACGGGAACCCAGAGCCGUCACACAGCACAGAGAACACAGGAGGACGGCACGGAACAGUCACCAUGAGGCUCUGGCAUCUUCUGUACAUCACUACAUUCAUUUCCUCCAAUGGUUACUGCAUUGAACUAACAGGCCUGUACGGACGGAUUUCUUCUCCUGGGUAUCCAAAGCCUUAUCCCAAUGACCAGACCUUGACCUGGGACAUUCGAGUACCUGAAGGACAUCGCAUCAAAAUCUACUUCACCCACUUUCAUCUGGAGUUGUCAUACUUGUGUGAAUAUGACUAUGUCAAGCUGACGUCCCAGGGCACAGUUGUGGCACAUGUGUGUGGUAAGGAUGGCACAGACAUAGAGGAAGCGCCGGGAGACGCCCCCUUCUACUCCCGGGGCAACAAGAUGACUGUGACAUUCAGAAGUGACUACUCCAAUGAGAAAGAGUUCAGCGGAUUUGAAGCUUUCUAUAUGGCUGAAGAUAUCAAUGAGUGUGACAGUCAGACCGAAGACACAGAAAUCUGCGACCAUUUCUGCCACAAUCACAUUGGCGGAUACUACUGCAGCUGCCGGACGGGAUUCAGGCUGCACACAGACAGGAAGACCUGCAUAGUUAAGUGUGAUGAUGUGACCUACACAGCAAGUUCAAGUGAGAUCACAAGUCCAGACUUUCCAGGUGUCUACCCCAAACUCACCAACUGCAAGUACAGGAUUCAGGCUGAAGAGGGCUUCUCUAUCCUCCUGACGUUUCUGCACUUUGAUGUGGAGUCGCAUCCAGAUACUGUGUGUCCUUACGACCGGCUACAGAUUACAGCCAAGGGAAAGAACCUACCUCCCCUCUGUGGGGAUAAUUUACCACCAGAAAUGGACACGGGCAGCAAUAAGGUCGAUAUUUUGUUUACAGCGGAUGGAUCUGGACAUCACACAGGGUGGAAAAUUCAAUAUACGACCAAAGCCCUUCCAUGUCCUGAUCCUUUGCUGCCACCUAGAGGACAUUUCAUGCCACCAAAGAAAGUGUAUGUGGUGAAGGACCGUCUGUCUCUUUUCUGUGACAUAGGACAUGUACUACUAGAGAACAAGAAAAUCAUCAGCUCAUUUACUGCAGUAUGUCAGACUGACGGAACAUGGGAUAAACCACUGCCCACGUGUGUCAUUGUUGACUGUGGCGUUCCUGACAACAUAGACAAUGGGACGCUCACCUUUGCCGCAGCGAGAGGCGUGACUACUUACGGUGCAAUAAUUCAGUAUAAAUGCACAGGAUCUUUCUACAACAUGAGAGAUGGCCAAGGAAAAUACCAGUGUGGAGAAGAAGGAUACUGGGAAGACAUCAACACCAAAAGCAAAACACUUCCAGCUUGUGUACCUGAUUGUGGAAAGCGGAAACCAGGGCCCGUUCAGCGUAUAAUUGGCGGGAAGAUAACCAGGCUGGGGGCCUUCCCAUGGCAAGUUUUCAUUAAAGGAGCAGAUGGCGGCACUGGAGGCGGGGCACUCCUUAAUGACAGAUGGAUCAUUACCGCCGCUCAUGUCAUAUACAAGAAAGCCCUGGAUGACAUGAAUAUAAAAAUGGGACUCAUCAAAAGUGAUGACACAAAUUUUAUUAGGGCUUUUCCUGAAGCAGUUUUCAUUCAUGAAGAUUAUAAAGAUGAUGAAACAUACAAUAAUGAUAUCGCUUUGAUUAAAUUGCGCGACAAGGUCCCAGUAAGUGAAAACAUCCUGGGAAUCUGUCUUCCUACGAAAGAGCCGCGGUACCAUAUCAGCCACAACGAGGACUCUCACCAUACCGGACAAGUGUCUGGCUGGGGAUAUACAGAGAGAGAGCAUCUUUCCCGUAACCUGCGCUUUGUAGAGGUGAAUAUAAUGGAUCAUGAAAAGUGUGCUGCCACGUACAGGGCAAAGUCCACGGCUGAAGUAAAAUAUACCGUCACUGAGAACAUGAUCUGCGCUGGUCACCAAGAAGGGGGGAAAGACUCCUGUGCUGGAGACAGUGGCGGACCCUUAGUGUUUUUUGAUACUGAAACCCAAAAAUGGUUUAUUGGUGGAAUAGUAUCUUGGGGGCUAGGAUGUGGGGUUAUAGGUCAGUAUGGAGUAUAUACAAAAGUAAGUAACUACCUUGACUGGAUAGAAAACACUAUUCAAAAGCCAUAAGCUUUACAACAAGAUGCAAUCUAUUCUUAUUUGGUAAUAUAAUAUUAAAAUAAUUAUCAUUUAAAAAAAAUGUAAAUUGUAUGAGCAGCCUUGGCGGUUCUAGAUUCAUGGCGCAGAUAAUAUAAAUGUAAUGUAUAUAAUAGAUAAAACGGUGGAUGAACAAUCAUCCAUAUAAUGAGACCCUGCAGCCGGAUAUAAACAGAUAAAAUCACCGCGCUGCUUCUAUGUCUAAACCGAAGUGAAAUCUGCUUCCAAUUUAGAUACACGAAAGAGCUUUUAUAAUUCAGUUUUAUUAUAUAGAUUAUAAAAUAAUAUAUAGCUUUUGUAUAAAAAGAGCUUAUUCCGUAGUCUCAAUCAAUGGUAUUCACAUGUAUGCAAUCAUGUAAUAAUAAUAUACACCUUGAUACUUUUUAUCAUAAUAAUGCUGUAUGUAACUCCUAAACGAUUAUACUUUUCAGAGGGCGACAUUUCUGUAUUUAUAAUCCCUUUUUCAUUGAUUUUAUGUAAUAUUCUAAUUUUCUGAGAAUUUGGAUUUGGGGUUUUCAUAAACUAUAAGCCACAAUCAUCCAAUUUCUAACAAAUACAGGCUGAAAUGUCUCACUUUGCAUGUAAUGAGUCUAUAUAAUAUAUUAGUGUCACCUUUUAAGUAGAAUUACUGAA